UUCAGUCACCAUUGACGGUGUGAGCCGUUAGAGGUAGAAUAGUCUGUUUUCAGUCUAUGAAUAUUGAAUAUCCAAGUUGUUUAAAACAUGCGUGUUAGGGGGAAAAUAGUGUUAACUGUUUUAACUUUAUUAAUUAUGUGGACAGUUUUGUCAAAAGAUGGCAACAAUGUUGAGAGGUAAUAGUGUUGUACAGAUUAGAGACAGAUCGUUACCUGAAGUGGACAACAAUGUCUUGUGCACGAAAAGAUCCACCACUUCAAAAUAUUCACUUACAAGUACACUUAUUUCUCAGCCAACUUUGCCAUCUCCUUGUCUCAAGUUUGGUGACGUUACAGGAAAGGUAAUUGGUGGGACAAGCGGAGUCGUAAAUAUAAAGGAAAAUAUUAACACUUCAAGCGAAAGGUCGAAGGGCAGUAUGGAUCAGGAAAAUGAUAUCCAUCGCCGGUUUAUAAACCGUAAAAGACAUCUUCAGAACGUAUGUUCUAAAGUGAGAGAGACUCGUGUGGAUCAAAGAUGUAUACGAAAUGGCGUUGCCAGUAAUCUAAAAUAUGUGGAAAAUAAAGAGAUGCUUUUCUGUGCAAUUGAGAAGACUGGGAGUACAUUCUGGAAACGAAUUUUGCAUAUAGCAGGAGGUUGGCGAAACGUUUCUAAUCCUACCCAUAUUGGCUUAGGAGAAGCGUAUACCGAGAAAGGAGGGUACCGGUCAAUGAAAGGUAAAAAUUGGACAAAUAUUGUUGAAAUUUUUAGCAAAACAAGAAGUGUUAUAUUUGUGAGAGACCCUUACACGAGACUAUUUUCUGGUUGGCUUGACAAGUUCUAUUCACCAAAUACCUACUUCUGGAAAUCAGCUGGAAAACAGAUAGUGAAAAAGGAAAGAAAAACUGAUGUCAAGUGUGGUUAUGACGUAACAUUUGCGGAAUUUGUUAAUCAUACUGUGCAUAAUGUUCUAUCUACACCAUGUAUAGAUGGGCAUUUCCAGUCUAAUUAUUUGCAUUGCUUACCAUGUAAUGUCACAUUCGAUUACAUAGGCAAAUAUGAGACAAUUAAAGAAGAUACUAUGCAUAUUCUAGAGGCAUUCAAACUUUCAGAAAAAAUUAAAUUUGAUGAUUUUGAGAAAGACUCCGCACUAGACGCUAUAAAGGACGCUGCUGGUUGGGUGUUUUCUCAGAAAAAAGGGGUAGCUGAAUGUGAAGUGUCAUUUGGAUGUGCUUUGUUCAAAGUUUGGAGCAGGCUUCAAAGCCGAGGAAUCAUCAGUUUUAAAAUAAAGUUUCCUUUUAAAUCGGAUGAGGAUGUACGUAACGUUACAAGAAAACAAUUUGAAUCAGCUCUAAAGAAUGCUUAUGACGGGAGUGAUUCAGAGGACUUGCAGAACAGUCGACAAGCAGCGCUUGUACAAGCUUUAGGUUCACUACCUAAAUCAUCAGUAAAUUUAAUACAACAGGCAUUUGAUUUAGACUUUGAAAUAUUUGGAUAUGAUCGAGUACCCAUUGUGUCCAUUAAUCCAACAAAUUUUCAGACUUUUAGUUACUUCCAAAAUUGCCCACCUUUUUGAACUGACUCUUUGUGUGCAGUGAAAAUGCUAAGCAAUUAAAGGGUAAAAAGAUGAAGUGUUAUUUGUAAACGGUACUUAGUUGUACAGAAUCAGGUUUUAAGAUUCAAAUAGUCUAAAGACGUUUAUACAAAAAAUACACUGAUCUUUAUGUGAUAAAAGUGCUUAAAUCAAAAAUCAAUUUUACUUGCGAAUAGUUUGAAGUAUUUGCCCUUUUGUUAUCAUUAUAUAUUAAAUGUAUGGAGAAAAUACUUCAAACAAAGUUAAACAGAUUGAUAUGGAGUCUCUGAGGUAACAAAGUUUUGUUUCCUCGUUGCUAUGAGAUAUUAUCUCGUUCCCUGAAAUAAGUUAUCCCGUAGCCUUGAGAUGAUAUCUCUUUCCCACGAGUAAGUUUCUUAUGACCACGAUAUAACUCGAGUUAUCAUGAGAUAUUAACUCGAAUGCGUACGUUUUACCUUGUGGACAUGAGAUACUAACAUUUUGGAACGAAAGGGACCCAAGCUAGUUCUCGUGAGUAGGUUUCUCGUAGCCACGAGAUAAAAAAGUACAAUUGUCACCUCGGUGCGUCAGUAGUUAUUUCUUUAAUCUGUUGAAACAAAACUACAGAGGAACACUAUAGAAAUAACAUCUGCUGGUUUUGUGUUUGUAAAGAUUGCAGCAGUUUUGAGAUCAGCUAUUUUAUAUAACAGGGAGUAACUGAAAUUAUAAUAAUACCUUUGUAUUUAAGGAGAUGAAACUAAACAGAGGUCCUACUGAAAAUGUUGAUACCAUGCAAUCAGAAUAUUAACGCUUUAAUUUUCAAAGACAUGUCAUUUUAUGUAUUCAAAUCUGUCCACAUGUAUAAACUGGUAUAACGUGGCUUUAAAAGUAAAUAAAAUGUGUAUCUUUUUUAGAA